AUGCCGCAAUGGAAUGCCAUGGCUAAAGAAACAUUUGGUAAAGACACUGAGGAUAUACAAACGAUCGAAAAACAUAUACCUGUUUUGCUGGCUAACCUGAUGUUAGGAUUUCAUUAUUCACAACCGCUUACUCCGAAUAUUAUACCCGUGGGUGGAUUACACAUUCGGUCUCCCAAAGGGUUGCCUGAAGAUUUGCAGGAAAUUUAUAACGAAGCUGAAAACGGCGUCGUAUAUUUCUCAUUGGGCACAAAUAUCAGAACCAACGAGCUCGAUGUAGAAAAAAUCGAAAUGUUCAAAGAGACCUUCGGUAGGCUAAAUGUUACAGUUAUCUGGAAAAUCGAUUUUCAAUUAAAAGAUUGCCCGGAGAAUGUUUAUCUGCAGCAAUUUUUACCGCAAAACGAGAUUUUAGCUCAUCCAAAAACGAGGGCAUUCAUUAGCCACUGCGGAGGACUCAGUACAAUGGAAUCAGUACAUCAUGGAGUACCGGUAAUAGGAAUGCCGUUUAUAGUAGACCAGCAUUUUCUCGGUACUUUAAUAGAAAAACGCGAAUUAGGAGUCAUUUUGGAAUAUGAAACAUUAACUGCUGAUGUAUUUUACGAAGCUAUCCAGAAAGUGUUGAACAACGAAAUGCGGAAAGAGAAGCGUCAAGGAGGAACGCAGACAAUGGCUCCCGACUCGGAAUACGAGUGGUCUUUAGACACAACCGCGCUCUUGUCGCUGGAUUAUAUAUGUUUGAAAAUCCUCAACUAUACCGUGGUGGUUAGACGAAGGAACGCUCCGCCGCUACACAGAACUCGACGUCUGGAGGUUGCCAGUUAG